CACUGUCCUUUUCUCCAUUUGUCCUAGCACACAUGGGUCGCCAUUCUUGUUCUUCAAAGCAAAAACUAAGAAAAGGUUUAUGGUCCCCUGAAGAAGAUGAGAAGCUUUUCCAUUACAUAACCAUCUUUGGUGUUGGUUGUUGGAGUUCAGUUCCAAAACUAGCAGGGUUGCAAAGAUGUGGAAAGAGUUGUAGAUUGAGAUGGAUAAACUACUUGAGACCUGAUUUGAAGAGAGGAAUGUUUUCACAACAAGAAGAGAAUCUUAUUAUCACUCUUCAUGAAGUACUUGGAAAUAGGUAACAUAAAUGUUCAAUGGUUAUAUAUUAAUGUUAGAAAAAUGAUUAUUAAUUUUCAAUGUCUUUUAGGUGGGCUCAAAUUGCAGCUCAACUACCAGGGAGAACAGAUAAUGAGAUAAAAAACUUUUGGAAUUCAUGUUUGAAGAAGAGGCUGAUGAAGCAAGGGAUUGAUCCAGCUACACAUAAGCCAUUCUUCAAUAUUAAUACUGAAUCAGUUCUAAAGGAAGAGAAUGAAAAAUCAUCAAUGCUAAUGCCGACACCGUCUCAAUCUCAAUCUCAACCUCAAAGAACUCUAUCUUCACAGGAAUAUUAUUAUUCAGAAGCACUUCUAAUGAAUGAUUUGAUGAAUUAUCAUUAUAAUAUUGGUGGUUUAACUUUUCCAGAAUCUUCAAGAAAAAUCCUCAUGAAUUCGAAUAAGCCAUUAUUUGAUCCAUUAUGCUAUAAUCUAAGUGUGAGCAAUUAUUAUCAGCCGAAACCGAAUCUGUUUGGAACUGAUUCAAACUAUUUCUUCUCUUCAAUGCCUUGUCUAAAUAGUUCAGACAACAAUGACUCGGUUUCCAAAUAUAGUUCUCUUUUGGUGAAUGAAAACUCAAGCAAUGGUUGUUCAACUAUGAAUGAUUAUGUAGGGUGUGAAAUGAGCAACAUGAUUGAAAAUGCAGGUGGAUUAUUGUCAUGGGAAGGUGAGAACAAUGUUUUGGAUCCUUUGUUACAGUUUGAAGUGAAUGCAGUAAAAUGUGAAGAGUUGUUGAUCAACAAGACAAGUUCAUGGGAAGAAGGACAGUUUCUGACGACUGAUAAUGAUUCAAUGAAUUUCAGUACCUAUCCUUUGACGUCAGUGUCAGAAAAUCUAAGUAAUGAAGCUAAUUUUGAUGUAUUUCAGCAUUUAUGAAUUAUGAUAUUGAGGAUAGCAUAGGAAAGUUGUAUUGAUGUGUUUGUUUUCAUGAUACUAAGAGUGAAAG